CACAACGUAAUCCCGUAGCCGUAAAAUGUCAAUUUUGGAAAAAACUUCAAACUCGAAUUUAAAAAAGAAAUAAUCAAACAACAAAAUGUUUUCGUUUAAUUAUCCGGCAAAUAAUUCUGAGGAUGAUUUUUUUUCAAACAUAAAUUACAUGAAAAAUAUCGAAAAUAUAAUUCCUAAUUGUGAACUAGCAAUCAACAUUCGUUCCAACGGAAUAUCAACAAAAAAACAAUGUUUUGUUUAUGCCGAAAAAAUUGAUUUCAAAGGAUUAAUUCAAUUAAGACUAGCCGAAAAGGCGGAUCAUCGAAAAAUGUACAUCUCCAAUGUGGACACAAAUUCUUUUAAUCAACUUAAGCAAGAUCAAUCGUUGCAUGUUACAUUUUCUGGAUUUGUAGAGAAUCUUAUUAAGAUCCUACAAGAUUGUCAACGUGGAAAUCUAGAGGUGGACUUAAUCUAUAACCGAGAACAACAAAUGACCCUGCAAUUCUAUGAAAUGCGUUCAUUUAAAAACCUCGUCCAUUUGUGUUUACCCAUAAAACCUGCUCCAUCCAAUAUGAUACUUUUCUAUAUGAAUAAUGUUUUACAUAAUUUACAGAAGAAGAAUGCCUCCAUGGAGAGCAGUAUGCAAUGUAUGCAACACGAAAUGAACACCCAUUUAAGUCGCAUGUCUCAACUUGAAGUUGAAAAUAGUAAAUUGAGGGAAUCUCUGUUAGAAAACAGCAAAGCCAUGACAAAUCGACAUCAAGAAGAGAUUCUACGAAUGCAAGAAGCCCUGAAAAAAUCAUCAGACCACAGACACUCGGACAACGAACGACAUAUGAUGGCAAUGUCAGCACUCCAGGCACAACUUGACAAAGCCCUGCAAGACAAAGCUAAUUUACAUUCUGAAAAGUGCCAAGAAACAAAAAAAUGUGAUCAUUUGCGAGAUGAAAUCAGUUCCCUUAAGUCCUCACUGUCGUCCAUGAAAGAUCAAAAUGAAAAACUCGUUUCUGACAUUGCAGCCCUAAGGAAUAUAGAAAGAAAGAAUGAGAUGCAUUGGAGCGACUCUAGAAAGCACAUUCAUGAGUUGCAGGACAAAAUCAAGAAAUAUGAUAAACUCCAGUCUGAUUUGAUAGCUGAACUAGAAGCUGAGAAAAAAAUAUGUCAGACUAAGCGCCAAGCUCUGGAAAUGGCCACCGAGGAAAUAUCGAAGGCAAACGAAAUCAUUGCCAAACAAGGUCAGGAAAUUGUGAAAAACAAAAAGACCAUAAGUUUGCGUACUGAAGUGGCAUUGCAACAAGAAAAAGCAAUCAGAGAGAAAGACAAACAACUAAUUAUCCAAAACGAAAAAAUCGAAGGUCUACAGCGAGCAAUAGAGAGCCUUAGACAGGACAUUCCAAUGCAAUUAGAAUCAAUGAAGCAAUUCGCCGACACCCUAGAGAAUAAAUAUAGUGAACAAAUUACAGCUCUUAAUCAAAAGCUUUCUUCAGUGAGCAAGGACAGAGUUAGUGGCAGAAUGACGAUACGAUAGGACAUGCAAUUUUAUAUUUAAUUUUUCUUAUUGUUUAUUGUAGAAUAAAAUCUGUUUACAGAA